UGUAUGUCGACUUUUAGAGCUGCGUAAUUGGGACUUCACAAUGUUCGUUAUGCUCUAAUGUCUGAGCUGCGAAUCGAGAUGAUGGGCUGUGGCUGACGUCGGGUUUACCGGUACAAGCCGGCAGCCACAGCAGGCAUUCACACAAGAGAAAAACAAACAUCGACCUAAAGACUGGUAGAAGAUGGCGACCAAAAAACAGGGCUGCUCGGUCUGUCAACCACCCGGUUGGUUGGCUUCGGUUCCCUGCCGACUCGCGCCAUGCACAAAGACUCUAUUGUGAGCCCGAUUAGGAAACACCAUCUCGUUAUACACAAUCGGGGUGCCGCAAGCUCACCAGAAUCCAUUCGAGGCGCCAUAAUUCACCCUUCACUACUGCUCGUCUUUUGCACUUCUUCCGGUGGAUACAAGGCCUGAUGGGGAUCAAACGAUCGACAGAGGACCAAGACGUUGAGCACAUGGAGGACCUCGAAAGCGCAUCCUUGAUACCAAACAAAGACUGCCACAAGUGUUCGUCCGCCGCAAAAGGCAGUCGCACCCGUCACGUAUUCAAGACUAUAGUACUCAUCGCUCUGGCUUACAUAUGCUUCCUCGAGACGAACACACGCCUGGCCGUGCAGAGCCGCGAGACCCACAUACACCUUGCCAGCGGCAUACCCUACUCUCCAGCCAAUGAUGUUGUGCAGUACGCUCCGAGACGAAUAUGGCAGGACGGAGACUGGUCGCGAUACGACAAGAAACCCGGACCAGAGCUAGACGCACUGUGGAAUGAACUUCUCGCGGGCCAAAUUAUCCGGGUCUCAGCGGCAGAGAUGAAGUUGCAAGGCGAAAAUCUGACAAAUCGAGUACAGCUGACCAAUGGCGAUUACCUGGGCACAAUGUCAGUCUGGCACAGUCUCCAUUGCUUGGAGAGAUUGCGCAAAGUCAUUCACAUGGACUACUACCACGAUAAAAUUCCGGACUACAAGGGCGACAUGGGAAUAUGGACCAAGGAUCACUCGGAUCACUGCAUUGAGCGCCUACGAGACGACAUAAUGUGCCACCCAAACACCGCAGUCUACAUUCCUGAGUGGGAUGAAACCCACACUCUCCCAGAUGGAUUCCGCAUGAUAUCACAGGGGCAAACUACAUGCGUCAACUGGGAUGCGCUGGAUCAGUGGGCAAGAAAAAGGGCACUAAAGGGAGGUGAGUACACUUUGAAGCCCAAUCCGUUUGGGGAUAAGCAUGGUGUGCAUACAAACCAUUGAAAUCGUUCCUUCGGGUGUGUUCUUU